AUGGCUCAUUGGUUUCAUCGGAAUCCUAUUAAACCUAGCGAGUUCGCUAAAUUCGAACUGAAGGGCGUUAUUACCAAGGAUGUUUGUAGCAAGAUUUGCAGUGAAUUGCGAAUGAGGAGAGAGAAGCUUCUUCCUUUCUUUAAGAGCGCUGCCAAUGAUUACAAUGAGGUCACUAAGGAAUUCGAUGAGUAUAUGGCACUUUUUCAAGGAUUUAUGACUGAUGUAACGGACGAUAGCAAAGAAAGUAAAAUUGCCCCUCUUCUUCGAAUGAAGUGGGGACACACUAUGCUUGUAGGAGUGGGGACUGAGUAUUCGAACGCUUGGUUCGAAGCUUUGAACUUAGUCGUAAAUAUGGCGGUGUGGCUCACAAAACAUGCGGCAUGGCUUGCUGGUAAAGAUGAAGUUAAUGAGAAAGAUGCGAAACUUGUUCACACUUGUUUCAAGCGAGCAUCUUCCAUGUAUGGAUAUGUUUUGGAUAAUUUACAUCAUGUUUCUGGUAUUGAGAACUUCGAAGGAUGUGAUUUAGAUGCCAAAGUUCUUCGUGCUUAUCAACAUCAAUCCACAGCAGAGUCUCAGGAAAUAGUAGUUGCCCGAGCUAUUGAAAUGAAACAUCAGCCUCUUAUUGUUUCUUCUCUGUCCACUCACACUGCUAACAUGUUUUCUGGCGCAGAACGUGAACUCGCUAACUUGAACAAAGACAUUUUUGGACGCUGGCGUAUUUAUCUGCAGCUGAAGCAUCAUCUUUAUCUUUCAUAUGCUUAUGCUUUUCUAGGAGAAUCACUUCUCGCUGAAGACAAGUGUGGCGAGGCCGUGAGGGCAUGCCAAGAAGGUGUUUCGGAGUUCAAUAUUGCAGAGGAGUUAGCUGUGAAGUAUGCGAAGGCGGAUGGCCCUGGAACCCGUAUUAAGCCUGAGCAACACAUGUUCUUCCGUAAAGUAAAGCCGUUAUUAGAGAGACAUCUGGAGAAAGCUAAACGUGAAAAUGGAUUCAUUUAUCAUCAAAAAGUACCAGAUCAGUGUCCAAGUUUGGACGAUGAGUCAGCUUAUGGUAUCACUAAGAUUGAAUCUUAUACUCUUCCUGCUAUCAAUAAGAUGUGGACUCCUGAUGUAUAUGCCGCAUUCGAUUUAAGUAAAGCAGAAAUGCCUGAUUUUUCGAAGAUUCAGAAGAGCAAGAAAAAAAUCGAUCCCGUAGAAGAGGAAAAGAUCUAUCAAACUGAAAAAGAUCCCAGCAAUUCGAGUGGAUGCUCUGUCAUGUAA